AUGGCGUCCCUGGCCCUUGUCCCAAUUCUCCUAGCCAUCCCCUUCUUCAUUUUCAUCCUAAUUUUCUCUCUCUCUCUCUUCUGGAACCCUCAUGGGCUUCCAUGGAACUGGCCCAUUUUGGGCACCAUCCCCACCGUGAUCCGCCACAUCCACCGCAUCCACGACCGCAUUACCGAAAUCCUAAUCCAAACCUCCUCCUCCACCUUCUCCUUCAAAGGCAUCUGGUUCACCAACACCGACUUCAUCAUGACCGUCCAUCCCCCCAACAUCCACCACAUCAUGACCCUCCACUUCCACAACUACCCCAAAGGCCCCGACUUCCGCCACAUCUUCGACAUCCUUGGAGACGGCAUCUUCAACUCCGACCACGACUCCUGGCGGGCCCAGCGGCGGACCGCCCAGGCCCUCAUCGGCGACCGCCGCUUUCUCGACUUCAUGGCCCGGGCCGCCACCGAAAAAGUGGCGAAGGGGCUCGUGGGGGUGCUGGAUUUCGCCAGCCAAAAGGGGUCGGUGGUUGACUUGCAAGAUCUGUUUUUGAGACUGGCGUUUGACUCCACGUGCAUGAUGGUUACUGGGUUUGAUCUGAAUAGUCUGUGCGUUGAGUUUCCGGAGAUUGGGUUCUCGAAGGCGAUGGAUGAGGCUCAGGAGGUGAUAUUUGUGCGGCAUUUGAUGCCUAGAUUCUUGUGGGAGUUGCAGAAGAAACUGCACAUUGGAGAGGCCAAGAGGAUGAACAAGGCUACGGAGGUUAUAGAUCACACCAUUGCAAAGUUGUUGGCUAUUAAAAGAGACCGGAUUAAAGCAGCAGCUUCUCAUCAGUUUAAUCACGAAUUUGAUCAUCAGCAGGAUGACGCCGCGGAUUUGAUCACAUGGUACAUGGUUAACAAACACGACGACAAGUUCUUGAGAGACACCAUCUUAAACUUCAUGAUCGCGGGGCGAGAUGCCUUGAGCAUAUGUCUCUCAUGGUUUUUCUUCAGCCUCUCCCAAAACCCCAAAGUAGUAACAAAGAUACGAGAAGAACUCAAAGCCAUAAUCCCACAACACAGCCAGUCCCCAAACCAACCCACAAUCUUCGCCAUAGAAGAGCUCGACAACCUCGUCUACCUUCACGCUGCUCUCUGCGAAACCCUCCGCCUCUACCCUCCGAUCGCGUUUCAGCACAAAUCUCCAGCAGAGGCCGACAUGCUACCGAGUGGGCACCGCGUGAAACCGCACACUGUGAUCCUCAUCUCGAUGUACGCAUUGGGGAGAAUUCGGUCCGUUUGGGGAGAGGAUUGCGAAGAAUUCAAACCGGAGCGAUGGAUAUCAGAGAGAGGGACGGUGAAGAGAGAGGCGUCGUAUAAGUUCUUCAGUUUCAACGCCGGGCCGAGGACUUGUCUGGGGAAAGGGGUGGCGUUUUCUCAGCUCAAGAUUGUUUCAGCUGCCAUUAUUCAUAACUACAACAUUGAGGCAGUGAAAGAGAAUAAUGUGGUUACUCCGUCUGCCUCUGUCAUGCUUCACAUGAAGAAUGGGUUCAAAGUUAGGGUUUCCAAGAGAUGGUCUCAUGAAUGAACAAGGCUUUGCAUUGCAUGGGGAAA